CGCCUCCCCGCUGACGAGCACGGGUCGCGCGGAGCAGAGCGAGCCACCCCGAGGCGAGUGCGCCUGGCAAGCCGAGGCGUGCCCUCGUCCAAGGCGGCGAGCAGAGGCCGUCACCGUCCCCUCCGGGUCCCGGGCCUCCGCGGCCCAUGCUGGGGGCGGAGCCAGGGCAGAGGGCGGCGGCGCGGCCGGCCCCGCGCGGUGAUUGGCGGGCGGCCGGCGGUGGCUGAGGUCCUGGUGGCCGCGCGGGCACCGCCGCAGGCGGAGUCGCGGCGGGCGAGCCGAGAGCAUGCUGCUGUCCCUGGUGCUCCACACGUACUCUAUGCGCUACCUGCUCCCCGGCGUCCUGUUGCUGGGCUCGGCGCCCACCUACCUGCUGGUCUGGACGCUGUGGCGGGUGCUGUCCGCGCUGAUGCCCGCCCGCCUGUACCAGCGCGUGGACGACCGGCUUUACUGCGUCUACCAGAACAUGGUGCUCUUCUUCUUCGAGAACUACACCGGGGUCCAGAUAUUGCUAUAUGGAGAUUUGCCAAAAAAUAAAGAAAAUGUAAUAUAUUUAGCAAAUCAUCAAAGCACAGUUGACUGGAUUGUUGCAGACAUGCUGGCUGCCCGACAGGAUGCCCUUGGACAUGUGCGCUACGUACUGAAGGACAGGUUAAAAUGGCUUCCGCUGUAUGGGUUCUACUUUGCUCAGCAUGGAGGAAUUUAUGUAAAACGAAGUGCCAAAUUUAAUGAUAAAGAAAUGAGAAGCAAGCUGCAGAGCUAUGUGAACGCAGGAACACCGAUGUAUCUUGUGAUUUUCCCAGAGGGAACAAGGUAUAAUGCAACAUAUACAAAACUCCUUUCAGCCAGUCAGGCAUUUGCUGCUCAGCGGGGCCUUGCAGUAUUAAAACACGUACUGACACCAAGAAUAAAGGCCACUCACGUUGCCUUUGAUUCUAUGAAGAGUCAUUUAGAUGCAAUUUAUGAUGUCACAGUGGUUUAUGAAGGGAAGGAAAAAGGGUCAGGAAAAUACUCAAACCCGCCAUCCAUGACUGAGUUUCUCUGCAAACAGUGCCCAAAACUUCAUAUUCACUUUGAUCGUAUAGACAGAAAUGAAGUUCCAGAGGAGCAAGAACACAUGAAAAAGUGGCUUUAUGAGCGUUUUGAGAUAAAAGAUAAGUUGCUCAUAGAAUUCUAUGAUUCACCAGAUCCAGAAAGAAGAAACAAAUUUCCUGGGAAAAGUGUUCACUCCAGACUAAGUGUCAAGAAGACUUUACCUUCAGUGUUGAUCUUGGGGAGUUUGACUGCUGUCAUGCUGAUGACGGAGUCUGGAAGGAAACUGUACAUGGGCACCUGGUUGUAUGGAACCCUCCUUGGCUGCCUGUGGUUUGUUUUUAAAGCAUAAGCAAGUAGCAGGCUGCAGCCCCGGUCUCCUACUGAUGACUACACGCUGCAUCACAUUGUUUCCUGAAUUAAAUAAGUUUCGUUGUUGUUGUUGUUGUUUUGUUUUGUUGUUUUAAGCCUUGAUGAUUGAACACUGGCUAAAGUAGAGUUUAUGACCACAGCCAACAUGCAUUUGAUUUGGGGUGAACACAUGUGGCUUUUCAGGUGCUGGGGUUGCUGGAGACGUGGAAGCUAAGUGGAGUGUAUGCUGUUUUUUUUUUUUUAUGCUUUCAUGAAUUAAUGUCCACUUGUAAAGAUUAUUGGAUACUGUCUGUAAUUCAGAAGGUUGUAUUUUAACAUUAGUUUGCAGUAUGUUUCGCUAUAUUGGUUAUCUUCCAUUUGACUACUUAGCAGCUCAGACUCUUUACUAAAGUAUUUUACAUUUUGAAGUUAUGUGAUACUGUUUGGUUUUUGUUGUUGUUAAUUUCUGAAAGUCAAUGAAAGACACUGAAGUGAUGCGUUAAGAUGUUCCAAGAAAAAGGUGAGAAUUAUUCAUGGCAAAAAAAGAUCUGUCUAGUGUAUAUUUUUAUUAUAUUGCUCUAUUUAGGUAAUUUUCUUUAUAUUUGCAAAAUAAUGAACAUUUCUAAUAUUUAUUAAAAUGCUUGAUUUGCAUACCCCCAUUCUACAGAGAAUAAUGUGUAACGUGUCAGAACAGAUUUGAAGCUCUGCUAUGACUCUGUCUCCUUUGGCAGAGCUUGUAGUAGCCCGGCUUCUGAGUCGUUUUGUUAGUACCUCCAGCACCUGUGCCAUUAAGUACUUAUAAAUGCAAGGGUCCCCGUUAUCCUCGUAUCGGAAUGGACAUCCACAGAGCUCUAAGGCGAUGGAAGUCUGCCAGCGUCCUCUCUGUCCUAGCACGUGCCUUCUGCCUGGCUCCCUUUGCUUUGGCACUGCAUUCGAUCUGGAGUAUAGGUGCUCACAGUUGCUCUCUGCUUGUUUCAGCCCUGGCUCUGGCUUUGUGUCCUCCAGUGGUGCUGUUCACUGUUGGGGUGCAGGUGGUGCUGCCCCGACUCAGAGGGGCAUCUCCCUGGCUCCUGAGGGUGAGCCUUCUUGGCUACCACAGAAGUAUUAUGCGUUUGUUUAUGGCAAGAGCCAUCAGGACUGGAUAAAUUUGUUAUUUCUCUUUGAUUUCCAUGGAGCCACACUGUUGGUACAUGUCCCCUGUGAACAGAGCUACCUUCUGGGACAAUAUUACACUGUCGUGAGUCAUGGGACAGUGUGUCCUAUGGGAGGAGGCUUUCUAAUGUGUGAUUUGCCGUGUUUCUAUGUUGUAAUUUAAGGGUGAUUGCCUACUAGUCAUUCAAGGUAACAUUUCUGCAAAUUUCAUACAGAUUUUUGUCACAAAAUUACUAUACCAAUGAUCUAGUUGAAAUAGACCAAUUGAAUCACAAUAAAUAAUUUUUUUUUUAAUUGAGGGAAAA